AUGGUUAUACCAACCAUUAUUUCUGGAUAUCAUUACGGUGAGAAUGUCACUUUCCAGUGUGUAAAUGGUUAUAAUUUAUCAGGACCUUCAUUGAUAAUAUGUCGAAAUAGUUCUAACCGCUCAAGGGGGGAAUGGAGUGAUGAACAGCCUACUUGUAAAGCUUUACCUUGUCGUUCUCCUGAUUUACCAAAACACGCAAUAAAUAAAGAAAAAUUGAAAGCAUCUUUGACGUAUUAUGUUGAUCAAGAUGUAUACUUCAAGUGUGAGCAAGGAUAUAAACUUAUAGGAAAUGGUAGUUUUAAAUGUAUAGCCAAAGGUAAUCCAACGGAUGUAGAUUGGAACUAUGAUGGGCAAAAAUGUGAAGGUGUUAUAUGCCCAAUGCCUAAUGAAACUGAUCACCUAGUUCUGUUAUCGAACUUAACAGAAUAUAAAUUUGGCGAUACUACAACUUUUGACUGUGUUGGAGAUUUUGAGCUAUCCAGUCAGUUAGCUGCCACUAGACAUUGUGUUGUCGACGAUACUAAUCUAGAAGUUGGGAAGUGGACAGGCGAAAUACCGUUCUGUCAAGCCAAAGCAGCUGCCAAACAUUCCGGUGCUAUUGGUCCCGCUAUCGGCGGUGGGAUUGGAUCCGCUGUUUUAGUACUUGUAGUAGUUGUUGUCAUUGUUUUUAUAAUCAGAAGACGAACAGCACCACAAAAGAAAAAAGACGAAAUGCGGUACAAAGAAUCUACAUUAGAAUUAAAUAACAGUAAUAUAUAUUCGCAGGUUGAAGAAAGAGAGACCAAAUCAUAUAUUGAAAAACCAGUGGUAGAAAAUCAAACAAAAAAUGUUUAUUACAACGAGGUAAAGGAUGAUAACGAAACAGGCGGUUAUUAUGCAUUCAGUGUCGGCUCACAGCUACCUAAUGAUGCCAUUGAAGUCAAAAACUUUUAUGAAUAUGUUGAAAAGAGAAGGGGCAAAGAAGGGGACAUACUAAAAGAAUUUCUUAAGCUCAAAGGUGGAUUACAAAAACCUACUGACGCAGCAUUAAAACCAGGGAAUCGACUGAAAAACAAAUACAAAGAUAUGUAUGCAUAUGAUGAAACACGGGUUAUACUUGACAACUCAAGUUACAUAAAUGCAUCUUUCAUUCAGGGAUAUGGACAAGUUCGAAAAUAUAUAGCUUCACAAGGUCCUCUAGAUAAAACUGUUGAUGAUUUUUGGAGUAUGGUUUGGCAGUAUGACUGUGGUAAAAUUGUAAUGCUGACGAAUGUGUUUGAAAAUGGAAAGGAAAAAUGUAUUCAAUAUUGGCCAGAUCACGAACAGCAGAAGACAUCAUAUGGAUCCAUAUCUUUAAUUUUGGUUAAAGAAGAUGUUUAUUCAGAUUUUACUGUCAGAAGAAUAACAUUGCAAAAGGAAAAAGACACUAAAACAGUUCUUCAGUUCCACUUUACUGCCUGGCCAGACAAAGAUGUUCCGAAAUAUGCUUCAUCCUUGGUUCACUUUCGACACAAAGUCAACACCACAAGAACUGUAGGAAAAGGGCCUAUGGUUGUGCAUUGCAGUGCGGGGGUAGGACGUACCGGUACAUAUAUUGCAUUGGAUUAUAUAGUAAAUGAAGCUAAGGAGAGAGACUAUGUUGAAGUUUUCCGAAGUGUUGAAAUUUUAAGGAAUCAGAGAGUGAAUAUGGUGCAAACAGCGAAUCAGUACUUGUUCUUGCAUGAAGCUGUUCUAGAAGCUCUUAUGUGCCCAAACUCGGGAUUACCUUGCAGGGAUUUUCCGGAUAAUUAUAAAAACCUGAUGCGAUUUGACAAUAGCAAGAAAAAGCACAAGCUGCAAAUAGAAUAUGAGCUACUGAAUUCUAUAUCAAGUCGGCAUGACGAAGAAGUGUUUAGUAAAGGGAAAUCUGAAGAAAACAGAGGAAAGAACAGAUAUAGCAAUAUCAUUCCAGUUGGAUCAGAGAUGCCACUGUUAUCGACAGCAGUAGAUGGACACAAUGAGUAUAUAAAUGCAGUGUUUUUACCCGGAUACAGAAACAAUAAAACAUUUAUUGUGACACAAAUGCCUUUGGAGACGACUGUUGUUGACAUGUGGAGACUUGUACAUGAUUACGAAAUUCCAACUAUUGUUAUGCUUAACAAAGAUAUACAAAAAGGAAAAUCAUCAAAUGUAUACUGGCCAGAAGGAAAUAAAGAUGUGACGUUUGGUCCAUUUAACAUUACAAGAACACACAUCAGUGCCCAGGACCUGUAUACCUGUUUGGAUCUGACAUACAAAUACAAGAACCAGGAGUCUAAACAAGUAAAACUAUUCCAAUCAAAGUUCUGGGAAGAAGACAUGAUUAAUCCUGGAUCUGCAAAUGACAUGUUGUCAUUCCUGUCUGCUACAGAAGAUGAACAAAGUAAUAACAGAGGAUGUGGACCUGUCCUAGUUCACUGUUUAAAUGGUUGUGACAAGAGUGGGCUGUACUGUGUGUUGGCGACUGUUAUAGAACGACUAAGAAUAGAACAAGAUGUCGACAUACAACACAUUAUCAAACAAAUGAGGAAUAGAAGACCACAAAUUAUCCCAAACUAUGAACAGUUUCAGUUCAUAUAUGAAGCAGUUAUAGAAUACCUGAAAGAGUUUGAGACCUAUUCAAAUUUCCAGUGAACUCGCAAAGUCCUGUAGAUAAACUAAAUAGCAUAAUAUUAUAUAAAAUAGUUUAU